UAUUUUCUCAUAGAUGUCCUUACACCAUAGAACACCUAAAAGCUCCUUCAAACCUUCAAAACUCUUUCUCUCUCUAUCUUCUCCUUCUCUCUCUAGCUUUAGCCAAUGGAGAUGAACACACCCAAAAUCCAAAAAAGAAAUUUCAAGCCAAAACUUAUUCUACAAAUAACAUUUCCACUAAUUUUAUUUACUAUAAUCACACUACAAUUAUUAUCCAAGAAUAUUUACCUCAAAAGAUCAUUUCCACCAUCAUCAUUAUUACAUGUUAAUUAUGUUGAAUUUCCUUCUACAAAAAUAGAGUUAACCCAAAAAACAAGCCCAAAAAAAUGUGAUCUUUUUUCAGGUGAAUGGGUCCAAAAUAUGGAGGCUCCAUAUUAUACAAAUGAUAGUUGUAGGGUGAUCCAACAACACCAAAAUUGCAUGAAAUAUGGAAGACCCGAUACUGAAUUUAUGAAGUGGAAAUGGAUGCCAAAUGGGUGUGAAUUACCCGUUUUUAACCCUUACCAUUUUUUGGACAUUGUUAAGGGUAAAUCUUUGGCUUUUGUUGGUGAUUCUGUUGCUAGAAAUCAUAUGCAAUCCUUGAUUUGUCUUUUGUCUCGGGUGGAACACCCUUUGGAUAUUUCCCCCACAAAAGAUGAUAAUUUCAAACGUUGGUACUAUCAAUCCUACAACUUCACACUAGUUAUAUUAUGGAGCCCAUUUCUUGUGAAAACCCAAGACAACGACCCAAAUGGCAAAACUGGAAAGACUUUUGUUGGGCUUUUCCUCGACGAGCCUAAUGAGGAUUGGACGGCCCAGAUCGAUGGGAUUGACUACAUCAUUAUAUCCGCGGGCCAUUGGUUUUUCCGGCCCCUUAUAUAUUAUGAGAAGCGGCGUUUUAUGGGUUGUCGUUAUUGUGAGAUCGAUAAUCUCACCGAAUAUUCCCUCUCCUUUGGGUACCGAAACGCGUUUAAAACCGCGUUUCGGGCCAUCUUGGAGAGGGAAAGUUUCAAAGGUACAGUUUAUUUGAGGACCUUUGCUCCCUCUCACUUUGAAGAGGGAGAGUGGGAUCAUGGAGGGGAUUGCUUAAAGAAAAGGCCUAUUAAGAGUAAUGAAACUAAUUUUGAAGGAGAAAAUUUGGAAAUGUAUACAGCCCAAAUAGAGGCUUUCCAGGAGGCCCAAAAGUUGGCCCAACAACGUGGGCUAAAGUUUGAGCUCAUGGAUAUGACUCGGCUUAUGUUGAUGAGGCCCGACGGCCACCCAAGUGUGUAUGGACGUCCAGCCAAUUUGAAUGUGACAUGGCCCAGUGAUUGUGUCCAUUGGUGUUUGCCUGGUCCCAUUGAUAGUUGGAACGAUUUUUUGCUUGAGUUGUUAAAAAGUGAAAAGAAGAAUUUUCAAUAAGAUUAGAUUACAAAUGAGGAUAUAUUGUUAAUUACAUAAUACAUGAAGGAAUUUAGCAAUUGCUAAUAUAUAUAUAGGGGAUUUGUAUAGAAGAAUACCAAAUUGCUACAAGUUACAUACUCCCUCCGUUUCAGAAUAGUAUGAACUUUUACUUUUA